UCUAAAGAAACUUUUCAAAAAAAUUCUCAGCGUAAUGAUUUAUUUAUAAACAAACAAGAAAUCUGCUUAUUUGGUUUUUUUCUAAUCGCGUGAAAUAAAAGAAAGAAUGAAGAAGUUGUUGAUGCUUGUUGCAUUAUUACUAAUUAUGAUAUCCAACGUUACGUGUGUUCCGCUGACGCAGAAAAACACCAGUGAAUCAGAAUUAAAUGAACAAACUGUUACGAGUAAACAAAGUAUGCCUACUAAUAUACUUGAUAAGUCAGAAUCUACAGAUGUUAAUUCAAAUAUAGAAGAUAUCUUUGAAGAAGAAAGUUUGCCUGAAGAUGAUGGUUUACCAAUUUACACAAGAGAUGAUGAGGAAGAAGGUUACGACGAAGAAAAUAUAGACACGAUUAACAGUAAAAAUAGAAGGACUGAUGAUGAAAGUAUUUAUAAUAUAAAAGAGUUUAAUGAUAAAUCUAAAGAUGACGAAUCCAAAAUUUACGAAGAAGAAUAUGAUGAAGAAAACGAAGAAUAAAUAAUUCUUUUUUAAAUCUUACGCUACAUUAUUAUUGCAUUAAAUUUGUUUAAUUUUGCGUUAAUAAUUUGUUUUAUUUUGUAUGUUGAAAAUCAGCAUUUGAUAAUUUUUUUAUUCUAUAGUUUAAGUAUAAAAAUUUUGAUAAAGUGACGUUUAAGAUAUAGAAUUUCAAAAGCAGGUACCGUGAACGGAAGGGGGGCGGAUGACUAUGAACGCUUUUGAAACAUUUUUGUAUCAUAGAAGAAAACUGUUGGCCUAAUCGCUACCCUUUUUUUUUGUAAAAGAACAUUAUACUUUUCAGCUUCCUGAAAUAUUCCUAGGCCUGAUAAGCACUAUGCAGUAAAUAUCUUAACUUUCUGGUUUUAUAUGACCAUAUCCGCAUUUCCAAAAUGGGGUGAGAAUGAACAGCUGAUUCGGGAUGACUUUGAACAAUACAUGAUGUUUUAAUUUUUUAUUUUGUGCACAUUUAUUAAACUUGUUUGAUGUGUUCUUUUUGAAAACUGUGAAAGUAUAAUAAAAUAAAAUAUUGCCUGUACUUUGUUUAAUA